AGAAGUCAACACUUUUUAUUUUCUUAAUAAUGAUGGGGAUGUUAUUUAUCGAAACAAAAUCGAUGAUUGGUUAAAUACUCUUACGGAGAAUCCUAAAAAUUGGAACAUUAUAUCUUAUGAAGAUUGGAUACAAAUAUAUAAAACUAGUCCGUCAGAUGACAUUCUAAGUAAUGAUUCUGAUUCGUCAACUAAUAAUGGGAUUUUGUAUGAUAAAUCCCCAUUUGACACUGAAGAAUGGA